UCGUGAAAAAGAUAUUGGAUAUUGUUCUUUGGAAGGUGAGGGAAGCUUGACUGUUCAGGGUCAUAGUCCCACACCGGUUCAUCCCUUAUUUAGAUAAGAUCCAGUUUGGUGAGUUUAUAUGUAUAUAUACUCCUUGGUUCAUGUACUCAGUUGUCCUUCAUACGUUUUGGUCUAGGGAACAUGUUUAUCAAACUAAGGACACCACCAUUAGUAUCUUUUAAUAUGUAACAUAAGGAUGAAUCUAAACUUAUGAACAAUUUCAGACCCCAUAGAUUGGCUCUAUACCUAUAAAUAUAAACUUAAGAUUAUAUUACUCCUGAGGUGAUGCCGAUUGCUCCGAACGCAUAUGGGGGAGUUUCCCAACCAUCAUGUUUAACUAGAGUCAAGUUUGGAUUUUUAAUGGGGUUUUGUGUCGGUGUGGCAAGUGGUGCUAUAUUUGGAGGAUUCAGCUGUUUAAGAUACGGGUUACGGGGACGUGAAUUGGUUCAAACAGUUGGCAAAGGCAUGCUUCAAGGUGGAGGUACAUUCGGCAUGUUUAUGGCUAUAGGAACUGCUAUCCGUUGUUAAUACUUCCAUCACUAAUGUUGCACAUGUCAAUCCAAUGUUUGCCUUUUCCGAUAUGUUUUAUUACUCAUUUUAUUUACAGAAAUGACAUAUGUGCUCACUUUCUUUGCUUUGUUAAUGAAGAAUAAACAAUCUUUAAAUUUAGGAAUCAGUAUAUAGCACCUACUUAUCUUUACUAGUUUGUAAAUUUGACUAGUAUUUUAUGUAUAACCCUGUUUAUUGGAUGUAAAAUAUUGGUGGGUUUUUCCAAUAAUUCAUGUACAUAUAUUAUAAAUACAUUACACUUUAGUGAAUAA